AUGGGAAUUAAUGGUUUACUUCCAAUUAUACAGCCAGCAGGUAGGCGUGUUCACUUAACUGAAUUUAAAGGUAAGAGAAUUGCAAUUGAUGGUUUUGUUUGGCUUCAUAAAGCUGCAUUUAAAUAUCCUAGGCAAGUUAUCAAAGAUCCUUCAACUAAAUUACUUCUCCCAUAUCUAAUGAGCAAAGUUAAUGGUAUUAUAAACUGUGGGAUCAAGCCGAUUAUCAUAUUUGAUGGUCAAAACCUUCCUUCUAAACAGAUUACAACAGAAAAAAGAAAACAAGAGAGAGAACAAGCAUUAGAAAAGGCGCGGUAUUUCGAACAGAUCGGCAAUAACGCUGAGGCAUUCAAAAAUUACCAAAAAGCAGUAGCAAUUACUCCGGAAACUGUUCACACAUGGAUUCAAGAACUCCAACGUAAUGCCGUAGAGUAUUUUGUUGCUCCUUACGAAGCAGAUGCUCAAUUAGUCUAUUUAGCAAAAUCUGGAUACGUUGAUGCCGUAUUAUCUGAAGAUAGUGACUUGAUCGCUUACCAAUGUCCGACAACACUACUUAAAUUUGAUGAUACUUACCAUGUUCUUCAAAUUGAUUUCCAAAACGUUUUGAAACUAAUCGGUUUGCCAGCUGAUACAUUUACAUCACUAUGUAUCUUAGCUGGAUGUGAUUAUAUCGACCAUAUUGAUAAGCUUGGUCCUAAAACAGCAUUAAAAUUUCUAAAAGAUAAAAACGAUCCCCAUAAAGUGAUUGAUAUGGUCAAACUUAAUAGCAAAUUUACUGUUCCUGAUGAUUACCAUAGUAAGUUCGAUCAAGCUUUAACAACAUUCAAAUGUGCAAGGGCAUAUUCUCCACUAACUCAAGAACUUGUUUUUCUUUCUACACCUCCUGCUAUAGAUACUUCCUUUUUAGGAGCGGAAAUGUCUGAAAAUCAACUCAUUGACCUAGUCAAAGGAAGAAUUUCGGCCAAUACAUUGCUGCCGUUUCAGAUAAUCAACGAAAUCCCUAGGUCAAUGUCCAUGCCUUCCUCAAGUUCACGGUCAGAAAUGUCUUUGACUACACAUUACAAUACCAACUCCUCCACCCAACAAAAUAUAACAAAACUAGAAAAUGCACGGCCAAAUUUGAUUUCUAGAGUUUUGCAGCAGAAUAAGUCCGCAAAACCAUCUCCUUCAAAAAAGAAAUAUGAAAUUCGAUAUGAUGAUCCAAAGAACCCACAAAAGAGGAUCACAGCCUUCUUUAAAACAGCUUAG